UAAAAAGAAAAGCUGGACUGCAUUUUGCAAAAAAAAGAACAACAAAGAUUGUGAAGAGAACAAACUUAUAAUUUAAUAACUGCGUAAGAUAAAAAAUACAAUAAAUAAUAAAAAUGUUUUGCUGUUUAAGAAACUGUCUAAAUGGAAAUAUACACAAAACAAACGCAAUUGUUAGUAAAGUACGGGAGCCCGAAAUACAUUUGGAUGCAGCACAUAUUGGAACAGAAGUAAUUUUACUCUCAAAUUAUUUACGCAUAACUGGUACUGGCGGCUGUGUGGCCACUGCACCUUUAGUACAAUCAAAAUCAUAUUUUGAAGUUAAAAUUCAACAAAAGGGACUGUGGUCUAUUGGUUUGGCAACACGUCAGGCUGAUUUAAACAAGAAAUUUGGUGGCCUUGAUAAGGAAUCGUGGUGUUUAUGUUCCGACAAUGUAACCCGUCACAAUGGCGAAGAGUAUGGUCCCGUGGUGGCCUGUACGAAUGAGCCAAAAUUACAAAAUGGUGGUGCUGGUGGCAUGAUACUAAAUGGUUCAGCGGUUCCUGGUUUAAUAGGUAUAGAAGAUAUAAAUGAGGAUUUGCUAUUGACAACGGGUAAAAGUGAGAGUGAAGUAAAGGAAAAUGGUUUAACUAAGACUGAUUCUGAGGGUAGUUUGGAAGAACAAACGCAUAGCUUUCCCGAUGAGGGUGAUAUUGUUGGCGUUUCAUUUGAUCAUAUUGAAUUAAAUUUCUAUUUUAAUGGUAAAAAUCUAGAAGUACCAUUCCGUAAUGUUAAAGCUAGUACGGUGUAUCCGGUUAUUUUUGUUGGUAAUGGAGCAAUAUUAGAUAUUAUUUUGAAUAAUUUUCAUUAUGCACCGCCAGCCGGUUUUGAAAAUAUUAUGCUUGAACAAUCUCUAUUGUAAAAAUCAAAAAAUAAUUUAGUUCUUAAGUUUAAUCUUUAUUUAUAUAAAUAUAUAUUCAAAAUUAGUAAUUCUAUACCAGUAUAAUGAAGUUAAAAAAAAAAAACCUAAAUCUCUAGUCUAUAUUUUCUCCUGAAUUAUAUACAUAACUAUUUAUAUUAUUUAUUUUACAUAAAUUAUUAAUAACAACUAAAAACGCAUAUUUUCUCAUUCAAAACUAAACGAAAAAAACUAUAAUUUACAUUCCAUUUUGUACAUGUUUAUAAUUCUAUUGAAUAUGGUUAAAAUAAGAAAAGUGUUAUUAUAUUGUACUUUUCAUUAUCAACAAAAAAAGCUUGUAAUAAAUUAUUUAAUUAACUUAUAUACUUAUAAUUAUAUAAAUUACUUUUAUUCCUGGCAGACUAUAAUAACAAAAUUAUUGUAAUUAUGAUAAUAAAUUAUUAAAAAUUAUGUUUAAGAACUUAAAAUAAAAUGU